AUGGGUCGCCUCCACCACGCCGAUCCCCCUGCGUCAUCGUCGCACUCCCUCCAUUCUCUCGACGACGCGCCGCCUCCAUACACAGAUGACACCGAACCCAUUUUCGCCCCUAUUCAACAUCCCCAACCUAUCCAACCUGUCCAGCCUCCCACAAGUAUCCGACCUCUCUGCAUAAUCGACUCAGCCUAUGUUCUCCCCGGCGGCAAAGACGUCAAACCCACCGACCAGGUCUCUCUCACCCUCGAACCAUCGCUCUCAAGCGACUCCAACGAGCUCUACGAAGUAAUCCGCCGGCAAAUCAAGCUGCCACCACGGCCCCUACUCUACGUCCAUGGCACCCACACGGAAUCGAGCAAUGACAAAAAGAAUAACAAAAACAACACUCACACAGACUUCAAGUUCAAGCUAGAUCUGGCAGAGACUAUGUUGACCGGCUGGGAGGGCAGAUCUAUGGACGCGAAUUGGAUGGAAACAGAAAUCCUCACAGAUGAGGACCUCAAACCCGCGUAUCGAGGAGGAAUCCUCCGCUCGCGCACGUACAAGCCGCCCAAGUCGCAGGCUGCUAUUAGUCUCACGGCGGACAGCGAUGCCCUCCUAUCCCGAUACGAUGCCGACGAGGAGCAUAACUCCUCUCCGGAAGCGAAGAACCUGAAGAUGUGGUGCGAGCGGUUCUGUCGUGACCCCGCUUCGGUGAAAUCGUAUGCUCUACCCCCUUACUUGCGGAUAAAAUACACUGCUAAUCUAGAUUUAACUACAUACAGAUUCACUCUGCACCGCAAAAUCUCCGGAUUCGACUCCAACGCCAUGCGCAACGUCCUCUCUUCCCACAUCCGCGAACUUAACUACCGCGGCUCCAUAAGCUUCGACCUCUUCAUCGCCCAGCGCUCCAUCACAAUCUACUCUCCACACUGGAUCAACCGGCUCCGCGCGAACCGGUUCGUCUGGUGGACUGUCGUCCUUCUCCAGCUCUGGAUCAUCGCGUGGCCAGUUAUCUUCUUUAUGGAGAAGAGGUACGAACUCGUCCACACACGCUGGAAUGCGUCGCUCAUACCGGAGUCUGACUCUGCGCUGGCUAAGUGCUAUGCGUUUGGUCGCGAUGAGUCUUCUCUGGCGGAGUACUGGGCUCCGGCUGUUAAGCAGGCGGCUUGGACUCGGCGGCAGGGUGAAGGGGAUCGUUUGACCAGGAUAGAUGCAGAUCGUUUGCAGGGGUAUAGUACCCAGCAGCUGCUUGGUCUUCGUGGUGCUACUUCGGACACUGAGCUCGAGCGUCGAGAGAGGGUUAAUAGUGGUGAGGGUGGGUUUGUUGAUAAUCUUGUAGGUCUGGUUAGAGGGAUUGGGGAGGUUGGGCAGGAUUGGAGGUUUUCUGCGGGAUGGGGUGCUAACUCGUAA